UCUUCCAAUCCGUCCUUCUCUAAUCUUCAACACCAAUUCUCGCUACUCAUCCUUCACUCUUCUCCCCGCAAGAAAUGGCCAAGAAAAUAGUGUUGAGGGUGGCAGUACACGGUGACAAAAUCAAGCAGAAAGCCAUGAAGGUGGCCUCAGGCAUUUCAGGGGUGGAUUCAGUGGCAAUGGAAAUGGAGGAGAAGAAGCUGACAAUAGUGGGAGAGAUAGACGCAGUGAUGGCAGUGAAGAAGCUGAGGAAGCUGUGUCGCACAGACAUAGUUUCAGUGGGAUCCACAAAGGAAGAAGAGGCGCAGAAGAAAGAAGAAGCUGAUAGCUACUCCUGUUACCCCCAUUAUUAUCCUCCCACACCCGGCCUAUAUUGCUGCUAUUACCACAAUUAUUAAUACUACUUUCGAUCCUAAUUAUAAGAUUUUAUUUAUAGAUUAUAAACGAGGUUUUAUAAUUAAGACGAAAGAAUUAGUAACAUCCUCCUGCCUCUGUCAUCUGUUGAGGAAUUUAUUUACAAUUUUUUUUAAAAAAAAGAAAACAGAGGAAUGGUUGGUCCUACGUGGAGAGGAACACCGAGCUCCAACUUUAACGAUUGCAUGGGGAGCCAACCAGGAACCGACAUUUUGGCUUCUUCCUACAAACCUUGCGUCCUUCACUUUAUUUUUCUUUUUCUUUUUUCACAUACUUAAGUUUCCAUAUAAUUUUCCCCUUAUGGCUUUAUGAUGAGAUAUAUAUAUCUCUACAUGAAAUUAUAAAUUAUGUGGGGCUUCAUUGGCAUUGAUUUAUUGACAUAAACAGCACGCCUG